CAACUCUGAUCAGUGGCCUGCCAGUAGCAGGGCUCGUAGGAGGCGAAUCCGGCCAUCCACCCACUAGCUCCUCCUCCUCCUCGCCAGCCAUCCGGCGACAUGUCGUCGGCUCCGCUGCUCGGCGGCAAAGGUGGCGGCCAGGCCGAGCAGCUACCGUGGUGGUCAAGGUGGCUGGGCCGCGUGGUGGACACGGAGGAGGCGGCGGCGCAGCUGCGGUUCGCGGUGCCGAUGGUUCUGACCAACAUGGCCUACUACGGCAUCCCGCUGGUGUCGGUGAUGUUCUCCGGCCACCUCGGCGACGUCCACCUCGCCGGCGCCACGCUCGGCAACUCCUGGGCCACCGUCACCGGCUACGCCUUCGUGAUGGGCCUGAGCGGCGCCCUGGAGACGCUGUGCGGGAAGGCGUACGGCGCCCGGCUGUACCGCAUGCUGGGCCUGUACCUGCAGUCGUCGUUCAUCAUGUCGGCCGCCGCGUCGGCGCUCAUCUCCGUGCUCUGGUGCUUCACGGAGCCGGUGCUGCUGCUCCUCCGGCAGGACCCCGACGUGUCCCGCGCCGCCGCGGUGUUCGUCCGGGCCCAGAUCCCGGGCCUCUUCGCCUUCGCCUUCCUGCAGUGCCUGCUCCGGUACCUGCAGACGCAGUCCGUGGUGCUCCCGCUCGUCGCCUGCUCCGUGGCGCCCUUCGCCCUCCACGUCCUGCUCGCGCACCUGCUGGUGAACGUGCUCGGCCUGGGGCUCGCCGGCGCGUCCGCCGCGGUCUCGACGACGCUGUGGGCGUCCUGCCUGAUGCUGCUCGCCUACGUGCUCCUCUCCGAGGAGUUCAGCGAGACGUGGAGGGGGUUCUCCGCCGACGCCUUCAAGUACGUGCUGCCCACCGUGAAGCUCGCCACGCCGUCCGCCAUCAUGGUGUGCUUGGAGCUAUGGGCAUUCGAGCUCCUGGUGCUCAUCGCCGGUUUGCUCCCCCAUCCCACCGUCGACACGCCGCUGAUCGCCAUGUGCGUUAGCACGGAGGCGAUUACCUGCAUGAUCUCAGUUGGGUUCAGUGCCGCGGUGAGCACACGGGUGGCGAACGAGAUCGGUGCGGGAAACGUGGACAAGGCGAGGAACGCGGUGACCGUGACGAUGAAGCUCUCAGUGUUCCUCGCCCUCUCCUUCGUGCUGCUCCUUGCGUUCGGCCACAACCUGUGGGCGAGCCUCUUUAGCGGGAGCUCGGCGAUCGUGUCAGGGUUCGCGGCCAUCACGCCGCUCAUGAUGGUCUCCAUCGUGCUCGACUCGGCGCAAGGCGUCCUGUCAGGCGUCUCGAGGGGCUGCGGGUGGCAGCACCUGGCGGCCAUGACCAACCUGGUGGCCUUCUACCUGGUCGGCAUGCCGCUGGCCAUCCUCUUCGCCUUCAAGCUCAAGUUCUAUACCAAGGGUUUGUGGGCGGGGCUGAUUUGUGGGGUGACAUGCCAAGCCUGCUCGUUGCUGGUGAUCACCGUCCGCACCAAGUGGUCUAAGCUCGUGGAGGCCAUGCAGGAGGAGAAAGCCAACUACGUCGCUUAGCGCAUGUGCUAUCUUACUUGACCCGAAAAGGGGAGUGGAGUUGUAUUCUACGCCGUGAUCAGACCUGUAAGAAGUGUCUGGGAAUUUUGUUUUCUACGAAAACUGUAUCAAAAUUGAACCAAACUUAUCUAGAGAA